AUGGGGAGCAACCGGUUGAUUUCACGAUUGGUGCUGAUUUGUACAGUUUUUAGGUACGCAUACUGUGAGGACGAGCAGCACGAUGCUCGAGAAGGCGACGACGUGACCAUGCAGUGCCGUUUCUCCCUAGACCCGGUCGUCGGCGAGUCCCUCACCUAUUACUGGGUGAGAAGUACGGUUAGCCAACACGACAACGUCGCCAUCGGCAACAUUCCUUUGGAGACUAAUUACCAAAUUAAUUACGCUCCAUCAGAAGGUCGUUAUGAUCUUAUGGUGUCGAAUGUAACGUAUGAACGGGAUAACGGUCGGUUUGAGUGCAGAGUUAAAGCUGGAGGAUCAGGGCGGACUCUACAUUCACAAAGCUACAAUCUAGUGGUCCUCACGCAGCCUCAACCACCAAUAUUAAAUUCUGGACCACAGGCUCAGGCGCAAGAGGGUCGACAGUUAAAUCUUACUUGUUCAAGUACAGGUGGCUCUCCCAGUCCAAUUAUAAAGUGGUAUCGAGAUGGGUCCAUCCAUGCCAUGGAAGCUGAUGUAAUAGCAGGCAAAAUACGAGCAGAGCCUACAGUAGCUAUACUGACACUUGAGCCUAAUCGCGACGACGAUGGCGCUACAUUCCGCUGCGUGGUACGAAACCGUGCCAUGCGUGAGGGACAGCAGUUAGAAGCAACCGUAGAAUUGAGCGUGAAUUAUUUUCCACGCGUAGAAGUUGGCCCAGAAAACCCAUUAAGAGUCGAAAUAGAUGGAACCGCAAACAUGAUGUGCAAAGUGGACGCUAAGCCUAAAGUUAGUGGAGUGAGAUGGACGCGAGAGGGCAAAUACAUUUCAAAUUCCUUUAACCACAUGAUAAAAAGCGUAACAGUUCAAGAUGCAGGAAAAUAUGUAUGUAGCGCUGACAAUGGACUCGGACAUCCGGGUGAAAACGAAAUAUAUCUGGAUGUCCUGUUUCCUCCUAGUGUGAGCGUAGACUCUAAAACCUAUGAAGCUGAAGAAGGCGGAACGGUGGAAAUCCGCUGUGAAGUGUCUUCUAAUCCUGAACCUAUUUCAAUUGAGUGGACUAUGGAGGGUAGAAAUGAUUUUCGACAGAAAGGAAAUACUCUAUUAUUAACACGAGUAAACGCAGAUAUGGCAGGAACGUAUGUCUGUCGCGCUGUCAAUCUCUUAUCAUCUAGUAGCGGGAAUAAAGUGGAAAAGGCUGGAAGUGCAUCGGUCGCGGUACUCGUAAGACAUAAGCCUGGCAACGCUUUCAUAAGUCCUGAUCGUCCAAUAGCUCAAGAGGGUACAGCGGUGACUUUGACUUGUAGCGCUAAGCCUCCAGGCUGGCCCGCUCCUCAGUACCGCUGGUUCAGAGAAAUAGAAACUGGAGAUAUCAAACCAACUGUUCUCGCUACAGGAAAUAAGUACACGAUACCAAGCGCUCAUCUCGGUAGCGAGGGAGUCUAUCAUUGCCAAGCCACCAAUGAACUCGGUCACAGUGAACUCGCUACUGUCAACCUUGAAGUAUAUCAACCACCUCGGUUUCAAUCUAAACUACAGCCUCACAUGAUCAAAAAAAGUGGUGAACGAAAUUUUUCACUAACUUGUGUUGCUUUAGGCAAACCGCUGCCUAACGUUAAGUGGUACAAGGAUAAUGCUGAAAUUCGCCCAGAUGCUAACUUAUACGAGGUAAAAACAGAAAUUAAUGAAAGUAGGAACGCUGUGUACAAUAUACAAAGUACGCUCAGAUUUCGCGGAAAAGCGAGACCAGAGGAGGAUGACUUAUUGCCGGGAGAUAGAGGAGUAUAUGGUUGCUCAUUUGAAAAUGAAGUCAAAAAAGUUGAAUCCUCCAUGCAGCUCCGCAUUGAACAUGCACCGAUAUCAAUCCGGCAACAAAAGAAGGUGGCUUACGACUUGAUGGAAAACGCAGAAAUAUCUUGUCGAGUUCAAGCUUAUCCUAAGCCGGAAUUCCAAUGGUUCUAUGGCGCUAAUCCUGCACCGUUGCAAAUGUCUUCCGACGGUCACUAUGAAAUUAUAACAACGACGGACGAAAACGACUCCUAUUUAAGUGUAUUAGUGAUACGAAACAUCAAGGCUCACGAUUAUGGUGACUAUUACUGUACGGUUAAGAAUUCGCUCGGAAACAUUCGACCUCAAAUAAGGUUGCAGCCUAAAGGUGCACCGGAGCCACCCAGAAAUUUGGCGAGCCAGAAAGUCGAUGCUAAGUAUGUCACUUUAAAAUGGGAAGCGGGUUUCAACGGCGGACUUUCGAGUACAAAGUACUUUGUAUGGAUCCGUCGUGUAAGGAACCCGGCGAGCGGGAAACAGUGCGAUGUGAAGCGGCCCGAAGAGUUCGACUGGAAAGAAUACGACUGUGGACGCUCUAACCCAUGCAAUGUGACUGGACUUGAGCAACAUAACUCAUAUUAUUUCAAAGUAAAGGCUGUAAACACGAAGGGGCAAAGUAAUUACUCAAACGAAAUAUCUGUUACGACAAAAGUUCAUGAGAUUGAGCCUCCGAACGAGGUGACGUUCGAUCCAGCAGAAAUAACUGUUAGUUUUAGUGUUGGGGCGACUUGCUUGCCGCUCGUGGCGGUCAUCGAAAGAACUCAAGGGACGAAUAAUUGGCAGGUAAUAGAGACGAUGCCCUUACGUCUCUCCGGUACAUCUGCCAAUACUCAGUCGACUAAACUGGAAGCCACAAGGCAGGGCCGCACGGGCGCGGACCCGCACCACGAACAGGAAACCUCCUCCUACCCGCAGCUACGCGUUAAACUGUGCUUGCAAAACAAUCAGGACGUGUGUAGCGAAUAUGUUGAUGCUCAAAUUGGUACAUCUUAUACGAAUACUGUUAGAAGCGAACCGAUGUUAUUUGGAUUGGUCUUAAGCGUUAUAUUUAUAGGAGUUUUGGGUGCCGUUGUUGUUUGUAUGUUCUUCAUAUUUCGACGUAAGGCCAAAUCGAAUUGUAAGAGAAUGGACUCGAUACGAUCACCCAUCGGUUCACCUCCAAGCCAAGCGCCACCGCCUUAUUAUUCGUGUGCAGGAAUGGAAAAUAAGGCUCUAGAAAAUUCUAUGGACAUACCUUUAACUAAGGAAGAUUCUAAAAGCGCCGUAUAUGAAACACAAGGAGGUUACGGCUAUCACAUCGCUCACCACGUACCGCCACAUACAGGCCAAAACAUGUCGAAUACAGAUUGGGCCAAUAUGGGGUACUCGGAAAACAGCUACGCGAACAGCAAUAAUGGCGGCAGUGUCAACUCACAAGACUCCAUGUGGCAAAUGAAGACGGCCGUGCCGAACAAUCCACCAGUAAUCUCCCCACAUCAAAUCAUCGACCAUCACCAAGGCAAUUACGGCUACGACCCAAUAGCCCACGGUGGCUACGGCACGAUAGACGACUACGUGCCGUACUCGCCGCUGCCGCACGGCUCGCACGCGCCCGCCUCUGAUUACGGCCUGCGCAACUCGCAGAACCCGUCCCGACACGACUACUGCUCCGACCCGUACGCCUCCGUUCACAAACCUAAGAAACGCAUGGAUCAGCAUAUCGAGUCGCCGUACCACGAGGUGAGCGGGCUGCCGGACGCGUACGGUGGCGAGGACGCGGCCGAGGACAAGCCGCCCCACCUGUCGCUCGGCUACGACGAGUCGCUCGAGUCCGGCUACUCCACGCCCAACGCGCGCGCGCGCCGCGUCAUUCGCGAGAUCAUCGUG